GAGAGCCGUGAUUGCUCACAGCUUGUCACAUGGUACAAGGCUGUUGUGAAUAGCCUUGUACCAUGUGACCUCUGUAAUCAUUCACAGAUUUCACAUGUAGUAAGCAAUGAUGUCACAAGUGACAUCUUGCUUACUACUCUGCACGUGAUCACUGAUUGGCUAACCAGAGAUCACAUGAUCGGGACCUCGCACGGAGGUCCCGUCCGAUGAUCACGGUGCUAUCACAUGAUCGGGACCUGGCACGGAGGUCCCGUCCGAUGAUCACGGUGCUGUGCGCUCCCAGGGAGCGCGCACAAGCAGGGGGGCCAGGAAAGUCGUUUAUAA